AUGCCGCCAGGCAACGAAUAUGCGGCGGACCAGCUCAAAAACCAAGGCAACGCGCACUUUAAGAAUGGCGACUACGACCAAGCAGAGACGCUGUACAGCCAGGCCAUUCAGAAGAACAGCAAAAAUCCGCUGCUGUUCACAAACCGCGCGAAUGCGCGGCUGAAACUGGAGAAAUGGGAGGGCGUGAUCAACGACUGCUUGGCGAGCAUAGACCUGAUGACGGAGAACAUGAAGGCGUACUUUUAUCUGGCGCAGGCGCAAAUCGCAAUCAAUCACCCGAACGAGGCACUCAGUAGCGCGCUGAGAGCGUACGAUCUCUGCGUCAAUUCUCCCCAGCAGACUUCCAACGCCGCCACCAUAUCCGCCCUAGUCACACGUUGCAAGAAAGCAAAAUGGGACAUCCGCGAGCGCGAGCGCAUACGGCGGCGCAAAGGCCUCCUUUCCGAACUCGAACUAUCCCUCGAAACCACCCACAAAAAGGACGUCGACGAUAUCGAGGCACGAUUAGAAAGCGGAGAAAUCGGCCGCGUUGAAGCCACGGAAGAAAAACAACAGCUUGUCACCGAGUUCGAGCAGAAGCGCGACGACAUACGCACCGCCUUCGCGCUCUCCGACCCCGAACAUCUCGAGAUCCGCGAAGUACCAGACUACCUCAUCGACGGAAUAACUUUCGAGAUAAUGAACGAUCCGGUUGUGACAAAGAACGGGCGGAGUUACGAGCGCGCGACUAUCAUCGAGCAUUUGAAGAGGAGUGCGACGGAUCCGCUUACAAGGGAACCGCUGACAAUCAAUGAGCUGAGGCCCAACAUCGCGCUGAAGGAGGCAUGUACGGAGUUCAUGGAGAAGAACAAGGGCUGGAUUUACGAUUGUGAGGAUGGCGAAGUGGAUACGGAUCCACGAUGGGCGCAUCUUUCCUGCAGCAGGAGAGACUACGAGGCGAGGUGA